AUGGAUGAUAGCAGCAUACUGUUUUUAGAUGAAGAAUUAAAGAAAAUAAACGAUAGAUUCCAAUCGGGCGAAAUGAGAGCAUUUGGUUUAAAUCAACAAAAAAUUUUAAAGGAUUUUCAAGAGAUAAGAAAACUUCAAGCUCAACUAUCAAUGAAACAAGUUUCAAUUGGUUCUGAACGUAUCAAAGUGCAUGAUAUAGAGAAUAUUGGUAAAGAAGAUAUUGACAUUAAUGUAUAUGACUCGAUUAAAGAAAGAGAGGAAGAUUUAACAAAACUUACUCAAACAUUAAACUCAAUUUGUAAAAAUAUAGAAACAACAAAUAAACUAGCAAGCCAAAGCAUUAUAAAUAGUAAUAUCCAAAGCAAUAAUAAUAAUAACAAUCAUACCAAUAACAACAACAAUGCUUAA